AACCGCAUCUACGGCUAGAAGGGGCUCUCGGAACCCCAACCCGCAGCUAACAAAGAGUCUGGCACUUCCUGCUCUCGCUCUUUUGCUUGGCUUCCUCUUCGCGGAGUAUUCUCCCGCAAUCUCGUCGUCGUUUUGCCAGUGUCUGUCAAGUAUCUCACCAUGACUGUCAAGAGGCGCAGUGGAGGUCGCAACAAGCAUGGCCGUGGCCAUGUCAACCCUAUCAGGUGCUCCAACUGUGGGCGCUGCGUUCCCAAGGACAAGGCGGUGAAGCGUUUUCUGGUGCGUAACAUCGUGGAGCAGGCCGCCGUUCGUGACGUGCAAGAAGCUUGCGUGUACGACGGGUACGUGCUUCCCAAGUUAUACGCUAAGAUGCAAUACUGCAUCUCUUGUGCCAUCCACUCGCACGUGGUGCGUGUGCGAUCUCGUGAGGCACGCAGAAUUCGUGAGCCUCCCCAGAGGUUCCGCCGCAAGGAGGACGGUCCCCCACGCGCCCCUGGUGCCCCAGGCGCCCGCCCUGGCGCUGCAGUCGCCAAGUCUUAAAGCGAUUGGCUAGGCUUCAUGUGGUUUCCAGGCUUUUGAAGAAGAAGAUCAAGUAAUAGAGUUCAGCAUUCAGCAGAUUGGUGUCAUUCUAUGAUGUUAUCAGCGAAAGUGCCACUUGGGUACAUCCCAGUUUGCUUUCUGCCUUUUAUCAUUUAAUGUCAAUCUGUUCUCAUA